AUGUCAAAUAAUAAUACACAAACUUUUGAGAGGAUAAAGCUUAUCAAUAUUCUUGGAUUAGAUGAAAAAGCUAAAAUUUGUAAUAGAUGUAAAAAAAAUACUGAUAAAGAUUCAGAAUAUUUGCAAACUGAAGGAUAUCAAGCACCAAUUCCAAUUAAACCAAAUAAUCAAGAUAAUAUAACAAAAAUUGGGACUCAUACUUAUGCUUUAAGAAAUGAAUUAAAACAAUUAGAACUAGAUUAUCAAGAAAUUAUUUCACAAAUAUCAAUCUCACAUGAAGUAAGUUUAAGUGAAAAGAUUAAAAAAAUGUCUGGUAUUUUAUAUAAAAAUCAACAUCAAUUGAAUCAAAAACCUAUUUAUAAUCCAAUAUCUUUUAAAGAAAUGUUAGCAGCAGCUGAUAAAGAUUUAAUUGCUUCUUCAAUUGAUACUCUUAAUAAUUUAGGAUUUUCAGUAGCAAGAAAAACUGUAGAUCGGCAAAAAUCAUUAAUUGCAGAUGAACAUCAAGAAACUGUAAAUAAUUACUGUUUACAAAAUAUUGAAAAAAUGUUUUUUCUUAAUAUUGAUGAUUAUUAUAAUAUCCACUGA